AGCGAGUCAGGCAGUGGCAGACACAACCUCCCCUUGGUCGGCCGACUUUUCCAGUCUUUGUUUUUUUCUGUUCAGAGCUCAUUCUGCUGCAGCUAGUAGCUAUCACAGUUUUUGUGGCUCAGAAAUUGCAGCCAUGGCUGAAGCUCCUGCAGCAGAAGGCACCAUGAAGUGGGUGAUCAAGACAGCAGAUGCUGUGCCUGCUUCGGAAGGGGUUCUUUCCAAAGGACCGACGUAUAAGAGUUCUUACGCUAAGGAUGGUUACGCGGCCUUGGAAGGAAUCACUACCGUCUGGGAGCUUUUCGACAACUCCGUCAAGAAGUUCGCGAAGAACAAGUUCCUCGGAAAGCGAUCGGUCGUCAACGGCGUGGCGGGUCCCUAUGAAUGGCAAACAUACGAGGAGGUUGGCGCUAAGGUCAAGAAGAUCGCGUCCGCGUUUCAAUUCAAUGGUCUCAAGCCGCAAAGCCGUGUUGGCAUCUAUGGGAUCAACUCGCCAGAGUGGUUUAUGACCAUGGAAGCAUGUAACAGCCAGUCCAUCCACUGUGUGCCGCUCUAUGACACCCUUGGUCCUGAGGCGGUGGAGUUCAUUCUGAACCAUGCUGAGGUGUCUCUGGUUGCUGUCAUGCCUGCAAAUCUCGCUGCGCUUCUCAAGAGUCUUCCCAAGUGCACUGAAUUUGUAAGGACUGUUGUGAGCAUGGGAGCUAUAGACGAGGAGUCAGCCAAGGCGCUUAGCGACCUCGGGAUCAAGGCGCUCUCAUGGGACGACAUUCUUAAGGAGGGCGAGGCGAACCCUGCGGAGCCCAUCCCUCCAAAGCCAGAAGACAUCUGCACGAUCAUGUACACUUCAGGCACAACCGGAGAGCCCAAGGGAGUGCUUCUCACUCAUAAGUCGUUGCUUGCCGCCAUUGCUGGAAAUAAGGAGUUUGUUGCUUACAACAACAUCAACUUCGACCAAGACGAGAUGUACCUCUCCUAUCUGCCCCUCGCUCACAUUUUCGACCGUUCAGCAGAGGAGCUGAUCACCUACUACGGUGGCGCCAUUGGCUUCUGGCGCGGGGACGUCAAGCUGCUCACAGAGGACAUUGCGGAGCUCAAGCCCACCUUCUUCUGCGGCGUCCCUCGCAUCUUCGACCGCAUCUACGCUGGUGUGAAGGCGAAGGUGGAAGCAGCAGGGGGCGUCAGCAAGUUCCUGUUCGACCUCGCCUACAGCCGCAAGCAGGCUCGCAUUCGGGCGGGCGUGUCGGUGCAGUUUGCCGCUCCCAUCUCUGAUGCGAUUGUCUUCAACAAGAUCAAGGCACGCCUGGGUGGGCGGGUGAAGGCCAUCUGCUCCGGUGCUGCGCCUCUAGCCCCCCACGUGGAGGAGUUCCUCAAGAUCACCAUGUGCUGCCCCGUGGUGCAAGGAUACGGUCUGACUGAAACCAAUGCCAGUGGGUUCAUCUCCUAUACAACAGGCAUCGAGCAAGCAGGAACUGUGGGCCCGCCAAUGCCCACCCUCGAAACUCGCCUGGAGUCUGUCCCCGACAUGAACUAUGAUGCGCUCGCCACGCCCGCCCGGGGGGAGAUCUGCCUCCGUGGCCCGGUGCUGUUCUCUGGAUACUAUAAGCGGGAGGACCUGACCAAGGAGGCAGUGGAUUCUGAGGGGUGGUUCCACACAGGGGAUGUGGGCGAGUGGCAGCCAGACGGGUCGAUGAAGAUCAUCGACCGCAAGAAGAACAUCUUCAAGCUGGCCCAGGGCGAGUACGUGGCCGUGGAGAACCUUGAGAACGUCUAUGGCAACUGCUCCGCUAUAGACAUGGUUUGGGUGUACGGCAACAGCUUUGAGGCUGUGCUGGUGGCGGUGGUGGUGCCAAACCAGCCUGCCCUCGAAGCGUGGGCCAAGGGUGCUGGUGUGGAGGGCGACUAUGCUGCGCUGUGCCAAACGCAGGAGGCGAGGAAGUUCAUUCUAGACAAGCUCGUAGAGACGGGCAAGAAGGGGCAGCUCAAGGGCUUCGAGAUGGUGAAGGGGGUCUACUUGGACAGCCUUCCCUUUGACGUUGAGAGGGACCUCCUUACGCCCACCUUCAAGAAGAAGCGGCCGCAGCUGCUCAAGCACUACAAGGAGCACAUUGAUGCCAUGUAUGCUGCGCUCAAGGCAUGAGCAUUGAGCACCCCCCCGCACCAACCGUCCUAUCCACCUCCAUCUUCCUCGGCUGUGCCAGCCAGAACAGUGGCAUGACAUGAGUGCUCCUGCAUUUCAGCAUAGCAUUGACCUACGGUAGUACUUUUCCCGGGGAUGUGAGCCUAUUCCCCUCCUCGUCUGCUCCUCACCCGUUACAGGUCCGCUCCUAGUAUUUUUCUGCUGGAAUGCACUUACGGUGUGGUAGUCAGAACCUUUGUGUAAAAAUUAGAUCAUUGUAGUUGUUGUGAAUGGGGUCAGGCUACAAGUUAUGCAUACAAUAGUCCACCUCUGCCACAUAUGACCUGAUGUUAGAACAAGUGCGCUGCCGUGCAGUGAUCGACAACACUAAAAUCAGGCAAGUCCU